AACUCAAUCAGUAUAGUAGUGAGUCAGUAGGAACCUAACAAAAUGCGUAUCCUUGCUAUUCUGGCUUUGUGCUUAGCGGCGGUCGCAGCCGUUCCAUCUAGAUCACAAAGGAUCGUCGGUGGAUCACUGACCACCAUCGACCAGUACCCCACAAUUGCUGCUCUAUUGUACACAUACAACUGGGUUUCGUACUGGCAAGAAUGUGGUGGAAUCAUCUUGAACAACCGGUCUAUUCUCACCGCUGCUCACUGCACCGUUGGUGACGCUGCCAGUAGAUGGCGUAUUCGUGUAGGCUCUACUUGGGCCAACAGCGGUGGUGUCGUUCACAACGUCAACCAGAACAUCGUUCACCCUCAAUUUAAUCAAGGAGCCGUUUUCAACAACGACAUUGCUAUCCUCCGCUCCGCGUCCACCUUUUCCUUCAACAACAAUGUCCGCGCUGCCUCCAUUGCUGGUGCUAACUAUUACCCUAGUGACAACCAAGCUGUCUGGGCCGCCGGAUGGGGUGACCUCUUCUCUGGCGCGAACGCUGGCUCCGAGCAGCUCCGUCACGUUCAGGUUGUUGUCAUCAACCAGAACACUUGCAGAAACCAGUACGCCAACACUAUCUACUCAAUCAACGACAAUAUGUUGUGCUCUGGCUGGCCCACCGGUGGUCGCGACCAGUGCCAGGGUGACUCUGGUGGUCCUCUCUACCAUAAUGGCAUCGUUGUUGGUGUCUGUUCUUUCGGUAUUGGCUGUGGUGACGCUAGGUACCCUGGUGUCAACGCUCGUGUGUCCCGCUACACAUCUUGGAUUUCCGCUAAUGCAUAAGACUGAUUUCAUCUAUCCAUACUGAUAUGACUCCAUUUUAAUGUACA